ACAUAGACAAUUUCUUUCUCCAUACACAUAAAAGCCGAGCCUGACUGGGAAGACAAUUUAGUAGCUCGGAGACACUUGCGAUCGCAGCGCUGACGAUUAUUGCCAUUCACGGCCCCAUUCACAAUUGUAGAGCUGAACGAAAUGCACUUGAAAUCCCCACUGAUUGGCCUUCUUAUCGUCUGCCUAGCGAUUGAGCGACCCUCGCCCACUGCCGCUCAGUUCUGGCUAAAGCUGCCCGAACAAAACUGGGAGCGUGAGAUGCUGGCCACACGAGACUCCGGCGUCUGCUACAAGGAGGAGAUGGUGGAAACCAUCAACCCGAAUGCGAGACUCCGUCAGAUCUCCUACUGCUGCGAAGGCUACGUGAACCAUGGCAGCCCACAGAACCUGAAAUGCCAGCCCAUCUACGAGGAUUGUGCGCACGGCCUGUGCCUCUCGCCAGGCUACUGUGAGUGUGCUCCGGGCUACUAUCGGGAGGAGCGGCGGUGCAAGCAGAUGUAAAUCAAUGUUAUAGAGACAUUAAGAAAAGAAAGCAAAUACCAAUGAUCUAUUUCAACAAUUGUCGAAUCUGUUCAUCCGUUCACCCAAAAUAAAAACAAGUACUACUUUUCAUAAA